AUGUACUCAGGGCCUAACCCAGAAGUCCCGCGGCUCCCUCCAGAGCUGCAGUACCACGUCCUUGACCAUCUAUACGAUGACCAACCGACCCUCGUGAACUGCAGCCUGACAUGCCGCGCUUGGCUGCCCACCGCCCGUACGCACAUAUUCCGCGUGCUCAUCGUCAUUAGCAUAGGCCAGUACACGCGCGCCGAGCAGAUGCUUAGCUCCCACCCGCACCUCGCGUGCUACGUCCGCGAGCUGCACAUCGACGGCACCUGGGUCGUCGUGCGCCGCACCUUCCCCGAGCUCUUCGCACUUGUGCCCCGGCUCCCGCGGCUCUACCACCUACGUCUCCAGCACUGGCUCCGCCCCAAGAAGCUGAAUCCCGAGCGCGAGCUCUCGCCACCGCUGCAACAGAUGCCGGCACUGCCCGGCGUGUUCGCAAGCGUACGGGAGCUCACGCUGGACACCGUCUAUCCCAGAGUCCACGAGCUCGUCAGCGUCCUCCUUGCGUUCCCCUGCCUCCGCGCACUUCACAUCCGCUCGUUGGAAUUCGACACCCGCCACUCGCUGGCGGUUCACCCGUCUUCGAUCGAGCCCCCGCCCCCGACGAUGGAACUCGACACGCUCACAUGGCACCAGUCCGUCGACUUUCCGGUGUUGUGGCUGCUGCAUGGCCUCCCGAGACUUCCCUUACGGUCCCUGAGCCUCGCAUGGAACAAUGCACAGACGGCACGUCUCACGUACAGAGAGGAGGCGAACACGCUCCAUGCGAUGAUCCGCGACGUGCUGCACAGGGCGGGGCCGACGCUAGAGCACCUCACGUUGUACGGACGCUACCCUGCGCAGGAGCUCGAAGCAGCCGAGCUCGGACUCGCGCACUGUGCGAGGCUGCGGACGUUGGUAUUGAUGGACCAUCAUCGUUUUGAGGAGACUCCGGGCGAGGAGGACUUGGUGUGGAUGGGCCAAGUCGUUCGCCGGCUGUGUUCGUCGGUGUUGGAGAGCAUUGAAGUUGUGCUUACGUGGGUAGGAGAAGACACCGUCGAGCCAGGUGCCCUGAUAACCGCUCUUGCGCCUUUGGACCACGCACUUGUGGAGCUGGCGAUGGAUCGACCCAAUCUUGUCAUCGCGCUCGUUAUUUUCGAGUGGUCGGACGAGUUCGUUGCUUCCAUCGCGUGCGGGCUGCCAAGGCUACGUGCGAGCGGCGGGUGCUUCUGUUUGCGCUCGCAUCCGGAGGGCAGGUACCGGGCGAAUGCCAAGUAUCUGCCGCACUGGCCCAUCGACUUUGUGGAACGGGGUGAUGACAGAAUCCCAUUGUUGCUGAACGUAGAUGGGCCGGUACCGCCGAGGCGCGAGCGGUGGUUUCCGUGA